ACAUUCGCCUCUGAGCAGUCCAGAACCUAAGCCAUGAGUAGCUCACUUUUCACCGCUCUGUGCCUGCUUGCAGUCGUGGUCCUGACUGGCGCCCAAGUCACGAGGCCCCUUUGCCCGUGUCCAAGAAUACGUGCCCCUGUCUGCGGAUCGGACCACAUCACCUACGUCAACAUUUGCGAACUGCAGUGUGCAGCGCAGGUUAAACAGAUUGAAAUGGUCAAGACGGGCAGAUGCUAAUGUCACAGAUACACAUAAUAAAUGUACAUAUGUAUACAAAA